AUGUGUAGUGCAGGAACUGGUCCACUGCGGCUCUACGACAGUCAAGAAAGAAAGGCAAAAAUGCGACAAGAAUACCUCGGCGGCAAGAGAGAAAGUACAGGAGAUGUCAAGGACGGGACACUAUUAGCAGGAGGCAACGGCUUGUCUCGUCACCGCAGUGAAUUACGAGGAAUUCCACAAUACGUUGUUCGCGAUGACAAAUGGUUCUACAGAGUGUGGACAUACCAAGAGUUGUUGCUACCCGAAGAGCACGUCCUCCUGGAUGUCCGAGAGCCAUAUUGUCGACGAUCUAACCCGCAUCCUGCGCUAGUACUUCAAGACAUUCAGAAUUCGGUGGCUGGCGAAGCCCGGAGGUGGGAGAGACUACGAAUUCGCCCACUCCGAAGAACUCGUGUUCCCUGGUUGUCGAAAGAUGAAGACAAGGUUCUGCUCGAUACCGCUGCUGAUGGACAGCCUGUUUCUGCACCGUCGAAUUCUGCAGCUGAGGAGUAA